GAUCCUCCUACUCCUGGUUUUUUACCAACACAAAUGGUAGAAAAAUCAUUCAAAAACCUGAAACUAAAGAAACUUUACAUUUCAGUGUCAGUUGUUGGUUUUUUCCUGUUUGCUGCAACUUUAGUUGCUUGUGGUUUAUAUAUAAGGGCCAUGAGGAAAUUCAAGGCAGAGAAAAAUCGUUCUUCGAUACAUAAAAGCUCUGUUACUUCAGGUUCAACACCAAAAAAUUCCCCUCAAACGACUACUAGAAGUUCCACGAAUUCGUGCUUAUCACCUGAUUUACUUGCAAGAAUAAAGUACUCUUUAGGGGAGUACAAUAUAGAUGAAUUGAAAAGAGCGACGAAUAAUUUUAGUGAAAGAACUAAGAUAAGUGACAAUGCAUACAACGGUUGUGUUGAUAAUGCUGAAGUAUUGAUCAAUAAAAUAAGAUUUGAGGACACAAAACAAGUAAUUGAUGUACACUCAAGAAUCAAUCAUGUCAAUAUUGUUAACCUUCGAGGUGUUUGUUAUGGCGAGGAUGACAUUUCAGGAUCUUAUCUUGUGUUUGAAUAUUCAUCAAAUGGAACAUUAAGGGAUUGUUUGUCAAACUCCUUAGCUUCUCUUAGUUGGCAUAAAAGAACUCAAAUUGCCUUUGACAUUGCCAGAGGGUUACAUUACUUGCACUUUUGCACUAUUCCACCUUAUACACACAUGAACAUAAAUAGCAAAAAUAUCUUCUUGACUCCGAAUUGGAGGGCAAAGCUUGCUGUUUUUGGAGCUAAGGCUGUCAUUGGAACGACGAAGGAAAUUGAAAGUAUUGGAAGUCUCGGGGGCUAAAUUUCCUCCGAGCAUCUAGUACAUGGCUCAGUGUCUGAAAAAGUGGACAUUUUUGCAUUCGGGGUAGUAUUACUCGAGCUGAUAUCGGGAAAAGAAGAUGUUGAUGGAAAUUUUAUGAGGGAUUCAAUUACAUUUUUGAGAGGGGAAGCUAAUGAAGGAGGAUGCUUUGAACAUUGAAAAAUUUCAUUGAUCCAUGCCUUAGGGAAGAUUACCCUUUAGCAGAAGCAUUAUGUUUAGCUGUUUUAGCUAAAGCUUGUAUUGAAGAUGAUCCUUUUCAUAGGCCAUCUAUGGAUGAUAUAAUUAAAGUUCUUUCUAGAAUAGUAUGACUUUCUUUAGCCGAGGGUCGAUAGAGCCUCCACAAGGUAGGUGUAAGGUUUGUGUACACACUAUCUUCCUCCGAACCCCGCAUGUGAAAAUAGACUGGAUAUGUUGUUGUUGUUUCCAGAAUGGUAUGGUUUCAGAAACAUAUUCCAUUCAUUAUGCAAUGUUAGUUUUCCUCAAUUAAUUGUA